CCUCCCUCCACAUUUGGGCUGCAGGGAGCUGUGGGCACCGCCUGGGAUCCCUUCCAAAUUGGACACCCUUGCUUUGGAUUCUGGUGUGUGGCGAACAGCUCCCUGUCCGCCAUGACGUUGCCCCCAGCACUAGCGGGUGCCGGACCACGGCGUGGCAGUAUGCCCUUGCCCAUUAAACACCAGCUAGUGAGAGCAUCAGCGGUGGAUGAACUGGACUCGCCCCCAAGUUCCCCGGAGGUGGGCAGCAACGCAGGAGCAAGCCCUGCAGGGGGUCGAGGCCCUUACAAAAUCAUGUUGCUUGGCGAGGGCGGUGUAGGGAAAAGUACGUUGGCAGCCAUCUUCGGAGGCUUGAAAGGGGCUGCCCAUCAUGAGGAGGAGCAUACAGAGGAUUCCUACGAAAGAAGAUUCUAUGUGGAUGAUGAAGAAGUCACCCUAAUAUUAUACGACAUCUGGGACCAGGGAGAUCCCGGAGGAUGGAUGCAGGAAUCUUGCCUCCAGACCGGAGAUGCCUUCCUGGUGGUUUUUUCGGUGACUGAUCGCCGCAGCUUCACACGGGUGCCCCCUACUCUCCUACGCUUGCGGGCAGGUAGCCCAAGAAUGGACCCCCCCAUUAUCCUGGUGGGGAACAAGAGUGACCUGGCACGAUCCCGGGAGGUCUCGCGGGAAGAGGGCCGCAGCCUGGCAGUUAUGAUGAACUGCAAACAUAUCGAGACGUCGGCCGCGCUACAUCACAACACGGAAGAGCUCUUUGAAGGCGUCGUGCGCCAGAUCCGCCUACGCCGCCGUCGGCGCGAAGGCGAGGGCUUCAGCAGGGAGGGAGCCGUCGGCCGGCGUGAGAGCAUCACAAAGAAAGCCAAACGUUUCCUCUCCAGCCUUGUGCCACGGAACGGACGCUUCUUUAAGCAAAGGUCAAAAUCCUGCAACGACCUUUCCGUGCUAUGA